UUUAAACUUUGGCGAAGUUCUCUAUAAAUUCACGUCGUUGUUUUGAAGAUUCCAACGUAUUGGAUCAGACUUAAUAGAGUAAAUGGAAUCAGGUCAAAACAUUGCGUUAUUUGCCGAGAAUGAACCUUUUAGGGCAACCAAAAUGUGGAACGAGCUUGUAAGGAACUUCAAAACUGGCAUUCGUUUAAAAAAGAAAAGAUGGCGAAUGAAAUAUUAUGAAGAUUGCUUUAGUGGCUCAGAUGCCUUAGCAUGGAUUCACGAUUUCCUAAAAUUAAAUCCUAAUUUUAACCAAAAUGAUGUGUCACGCACCCAAGCAAAGCUUCUGUGUCAAAAACUUCUACAAAAUAAUGUGUUUGAAGACAUUGUCAGCCAAUUCAAAUCAAUAAAACCAGCAUUUGAAGAGAAUCACCUUUAUACUUUUGAGAACAAGGCGUCUUGUGAUGCGAAGGAAAAUCCAAAAUAUAAAGUAGAGAUACGUUCUAAGAAGGCAGCAUCAUCUCUGAAGAGACAUUCUAGUUUUUCAGACAGGUUUGAGUUGACAAGAAAACCUUUAGCUGAGAGAAAAGCAUUGCAGAAUAUUUCUAAAGAAGAGAAUGAUAAAAAUAACCCUAAACCCACACAUUUGAAACCAACAGGAAUUAGAGUAAAACAAAGUUCACGCAAUGAAACAGGUGGAAUUAUUCUUCAAGAUUUAGGCACAGAUAGUGCAAACUCAAAAUUAUCAAAUAAGCAUUCAAGAAAGAAGCAUAAUGGUAAGAGUCCAAGUAUCUCAGGGUUGACUCGGAAAUGGAGAAGCGAAUAUGAUGUUACUUUAAUGGAAAUCCAUGAAGAUUGUGAUGAAAGAGAAGGAGACACUGAUGGGUAUGAUGGAAAGAUUGCAAAUCAUAAUAAAUCAGGUGCUCAACAAUCAAUGGCUGACAAGAAUGAACAAACAAAUGUUGAUAGUAAGAACACAAUGAUAAGUUCUGAUAAUCCACCAGAUAAAGAUGAGAAAAGUUGCAAUGGUGAAAUGCAUCUUCCACAAGCUGAUGCAAAUGAGUUCUGGAUGACCAUUUGUCUUGAAAGGUUACAGCAGGCACUCAAUGUUAAAACCCUCGAUGGUAUUUUGGAUGUUAGUUUGCUCUGUUGGAGGAACGUUAUGGAGAAUAUUACAUCUGACUUAAGAUGUGUCACAGAUGCUGUACCAAAAUGGUUGGUCUCUGCAAUGAAAUGUUUAAUUCAUUGGCCACAGAGUGUUGAAGCUCGUGCGUCAGAUUAUUUAGGGUUUGAAAAAGACGUUUUCAAGACAGUUCAAGAAUAUUUCCAAUUACUUCCUGAACCAAUGAUUCACCCAAGUUUUAUCGAGGUUUUUACUAAAAUAUCGGGUCUUAUAACAAAAUGCAAGCUGUCCGGAAUUCGAGCUCUCCAACAUGCAUUACUCUUGUUGAAGAAAGAACAACGACAACAAUUACAACUUCUUCUAAGAUUUAUGAUUAAAAUCUCAAAUAAUCAUCAGCUGAACCUGAGCAGCCGUUUACCAACACGAGAACUGGUAAUUCAGUCGUUUGUUCCAAUUAUUUUUGGUGGAAAGGAAAGCCAAAAUGUACAUGAAAUUCUUGGAAUUCGAAUUACAUCGUUUAUUAUGGAGAAUUAUGCAGAAAUUUUCAAGGUUCCAGAUGGUUUAAAGUUCCAAGUGGAACAGCAAAUUGCAUUUCAUAAAGGAUUACAAAAUGUCGAAAACCAAAGCACAGAUGUCACGUUUUGUUUUCGAGUAACCAAACAAGACUAUGACGAACAAAAGCAAUUUGGAACGCAAAGAUUUCUUGAGGAUCUUCUUGAAAAUAUUGUUCAGAAUGAAGAAAUCGGUGAGAAAGAGCGCAAGAAAAAGUUGAAACAGUUUCAGAAGACGUAUCCUGAGAUAUAUUUCAGUCGUUAUCCAGCAGAUGGUCUAUCAUUAAUGUCUCGACAACCUAUAAAAUUACGACGUGUCAUAAAACCAAUCUCUCGUAGACAUGUAAAGAAUUUCCGCUAAAAAUUUCACCAUAUAUUAAUUACUUCCAUGCAAAAACUUUGAAAUAUCAAGCAUGAAGACAGCGGAAAGCCAAGUUAAACUUUUUAUGCCACCAAGCACGGGUUGUACGAUGAGAUAUUUACCUAAAACGAUCGAUUUGUAGACAAUACAUUUCACACAAUUCCCCGUGUAGCUCUGGAUGAUAUAUGCUAUAUAUACGUUUCUUUUUGCUAUAUACUUUUUAUUCUUUUCAAUUUUGAGAAAUAAAGUUAGAUUGUUAGUGAAUCGGAUUUUA